CCCUCUUCUCUAUCUCUCCAUCCCACUCUCUCUCUCUCUCUCUCGCUCAUCUCUGUAUCCUGCGAGGAUCCUCAUUUUCGCUCUCAUUUUCAAUCUAACUCUCCGGCUGCCCCUUGCCCCCUGUACAAAACAAAGAGCAGACUUGGAGCACGAUAUGUCGCUUAAACCAUCGGCUUCCCGCGGCGCAGAUCCCCGUCCCAAGCGUGCCUAACCAGCGCGCACUGCCCGAGAGGACUCCGCGGAAAUGACCCGGACCGGGCGGUCAGGCCGGAGCUCUAGGUCAGGCGGUAGUUCACCGUACCGGACCCAGACCUCAGUAUAUCACGUAGUGACCCGUGCUUUACUCAGUAAGUGACCGACUGCCCAACUCUGAAGACGUGGUCAUAGGAAACUCUCUCUCUUUCGAUCUAAUACAACCGAACACACACACACAUGUGUGUGUAAUUGGCCCACAUGCUACACACUGUGCCUGAAAUAACAAAGAUGAACUUGACAACAGAUAAAGAAAAUAAUCAGCUUAAUCUGCUUGUACUACACAAACUCGCCGUAUUUAAUAAAGAUUCUGAGCCCGGAGUGCGGGAUGUUGUUACAUGUGGAGGAUGCAGGCAAAAAUUUUCUCUCUCCGAUAUGCCGAGUUUUCUGAACCACAAAAUGAUGGACUGUAAGAAGGAAAAUGUAUCCGAAGAAAAGGAAGUAGAUAUUGAGAAGAGGAAUGAGGGAAGGGAGGAAGAUGUCCCGGAAGUAGACCGGAAGGAUGAGGAUGAAAGUAAGGAUGUUGGAAGUAUGGGGUCUCCUCGUGUAUCAGGGUCAGAUCAAGCUGACCGAAUAUCAGUAGGAUCUAACACGGUCAAAUCAGAACCUAUGUUGUACAACUGUGGGUACUGCAAAGAUGUACAUUACACUGCCUGGUCCCUUAUUCAACAUGUACAGAAAGUACAUGGGAUCAAAUGCUACUCAGAACUAUCCUCCAAUCAUUUAUUUGAUCAAUCACUGCCAAUCAAAUCUGAAGAUUUUCUAGACACAAAACCAAAACUUGAUUCUUUGCCAGGAUAUCCUGGGUUAGGGUUGGCAGGACUAAUGUCCGGAGCAGGACUGACAUCAGGCUACCCUCCUCAUCCUUCUCUUCUCAACAGCCUUGAUCCAUACUACAGUUUCCUCCAACUACACAGAUCCCUUCCCAGUCCUGCUCUUUCCGUUCCAUCCUCAACCCUCCACUCCUCCCUUCCCUACUCAUCAUCCAUCCCUGAUUCCUCCUCAAGUCGGAGAAGUCCUCUCCAAACUUCAUCUCUCACUCUUAAACCAAUCAGUUCUCUCUCUAUCCCGGCCCAGAAAUCGAGUUCUAGUCAUAAGUCGAACUAUCCCCGGGAUUCCUCGUAUCUCCAUGAAUUUGCGAGAAAUUUAAACUCACACCCAACCCAUCCAUUUAGACUGGACAAGAUGGAUAUGUAUGCUGAGAGAUUGAGACAUCUAUCGUAUAGUCCUAAGGACGAAAGAACGCCAGGACGUCCUUCUCCUCCUUCUCCCAUAAAUCCUUCCAUCUCACCCCUCUCCCUGCCCGCGGCUCUAACAUCCUCCCCCUCCUAUGCAAAUGCAGACAGAUCGCUUCCUGAAAAGGUUGGACUGAUGAGUCUAAGAACCCAGGAUUUGCAUGAUACCAAACUCAAAUUUGACGACAACCAGGAGGCGGAAGAUCUCACGAUGCGUCGAGAUCCACCCACGGACACUUCUAACACAGAACCUAAACCUACACCUGACUCCAUACCUAGCCCAGGUUCUAAACUUAGCUCAGACUCCGGUCUGGAGGAGAGAGAGCCCAAGGAUUCAAGUUCACUGGUCGGAGAACUUAUCUCCAAGUUUGGGUUUAGUCAGAUCCAGGAGUACCAGGAGGCCUACAGGAAAGCUCUUGUAGAGUCAGGAAGCUUGAAACGAAAGUUGGAAGACGAAUUUUUCAGUCCAGAGAAGAAACUGUCCCCGAUUAAGACGGAGAAAGAUUUUCUUUAUGCAGGAACAUGGCUUCCGUCCUAUAGUACAAGCCUACCGUCCUACACAGCGUCUAUGACGUCCUAUACUGGAUCCAGUCCAUUGUCCUCAAUGAGAAACAAUCUGACUUCUUUAAGGGAUAACUUUAUGAAGGACAAGAUGAUGAAAACAAACCGAAGAUCUUCCUUAAAAGACAUGAACCUGCCUCCUCUACCACCUGGAGUAUCCCUUCCUCUCAUUGAACCUAGUGCGGUCAGAGCACUGGCACAGAAGGGUCGUCUUGAUGCUAUAUUUGACCCGAAGCUGCGCAAGGAGAUCAUAAGUAAGGGACGGAACGAUACAUGCGAGUACUGCGGAAAAGUAUUUAAGAAUUGUUCUAAUCUGACAGUACACAGAAGAUCCCACACUGGAGAGAAACCAUAUAAAUGUGAACUAUGUCCCUACAGCUGUGCACAAAGCAGUAAACUAACAAGACACAUGAAAACCCAUGGUCGGCAAGGGAAAGAAGCAUUGAACUGCCGCCUGUGUGACAUGCCGUUUAGUAUUGCCAGCACCCUGGAGAAGCAUAUGCGUAAAUGUACCGGAGUAAAGAAACUGAAGAGUAGAUUAACCUGGUCCGCUUCUCUUCUUUCAAACACAGACGACAUCUACAUGAAGAAGGAGUCUCCACUAUUCUCCAGUAUGGUGGAAGCACAGAGAGAGGUUGGGCCAAUAUCUUAAAAGUCCAAAUCUACAAGAUUUAUCGUCUCUAGGGCCAAGAAUGCCACAUAUCUCCAAUCUCCAUGACGACCACAACCAAUCUAGGCCUAAUCUACAAGUUUCCUUAUAGAAUAUCUGAGAGGAAUCCAUGUUUUCAUCCCAAAAUGUACCAGUGUUAAAUCUUGUCCCCAUAGAAUUCUAAUCUUAUUUAUUGCAAGGAAUGUUAGUUAAUUAUACAGAUAGAUAUUAUUAACCUAUAGAUUGUACAUAUUAUGAUAUAUACCAAUACAGGGGUACAUAUAGAUUGUACAUAUUAUGAUAUAUACCAAUACAGGGGUACAAAGUUUAACUCUAUUUAUAUUUCUAGAUCUAGAUUUUAUUAAAGUACAAACACAAUUAAGUUUAAGUUUAUAAAACUGCGUUUACCCCUGUUUCUUGGUCUGCUUUGGUUCUAGCUUUAAAGAUCAAUAUUAGUAAUUAUGUUAGGUCGAGACCUCAUUUGCAGACCGUUUCUAAUUUACAUGAACUCUUUUCUAAUCGUUAAUUCAGUCCUUACACUCAUUUAUUGUAUAUUGCAUUUAGUCCAUUCAUUCCAUUCAUUUACUCAUUCAUCCUUUCAUUCAUCAUCCAUAAUUUUUAGCCAAAUUUUAUAUUAUCAACCUUUAAAUGUUUAUUAACCAAGACGUCCAUGCAUUUAAUGUAACAAUAUACAAAAAUUAUACUGUAUUUAUCUUUUCAUACUCUAAGGUUUGUUAGUUGAAACUCUGUUAUUGAACGUAAAUGUACCCUCUAUGUAAAAUGGUUUCAUGACCUAGUUGUUUAUAAUCCUGUGAUGCGGCUGUGGGCCACCAAAGAGUUGAACAUAAAUAAAUUUUUUAAUUAUUCUCUCGAUAUUUAUUUGAUUAAGGUCUGAUGUAUUAAAAAUGUGUUGAUAGAAUAAAUAAACAACCAGAAAUUUA